CUCACCCAUGUCUGCAGAGUUCGACGACGUACUCACCAACCAACCUGUCGUCAUCGACAAUGGCUCUGGGACCAUCAAGGCUGGUUUCGCUGGCCAAGACCAUCCAAAAUGUUUCUUUCCUUCUUUUGUUGGGCGACCAAAGCAUGUUAGGAUGAUGGCGGGUGCUUUGGAGGGCGAUGUAUUCAUUGGCAAACGAGCGCAAGAGUUUCGUGGACUGCUCAAGAUCAAAUAUCCGAUGGAACACGGGAUCGUGACGGACUGGGACGACAUGGAACGUAUAUGGAACUGGGUCUACGCGGAAGAGCUUGGGACUUUGAGCGAAGAGCAUCCAGUCUUGCUUACCGAAGCACCAUUAAAUCCCAGAGCCAACCGCGAGUACGCCGCUCAACUAUUGUUCGAAACAUUCAAUGUCCCUGCUCUCUACAUAUCCGUUCAAGCAGUGUUGUCUUUAUAUUCGUCGGGACGAACUACGGGAAUCGUCAUAGACUCUGGAGAUGGCGUUACACAUGCAGUUCCUGUGUUUGAAGGCUUUUCGAUGCCGCAUGCUAUACGUCGGGGACGUGACGGAUUAUCUCCAAUUGUUGCUGCGAAAGUCUGGACACAACCUUUACACUACCGCAGAGCGAGAAUGGUUAGAACGAUCAAGGAGAAAUGCUGCUACAUCGCGUUAAAUCCGGCGAAAGAGGAGAAAGACUCUCAAGGUCGAACAGAAGAAUUCCGUCUCCCAGACGGUAAUGUCAUCCAACUGGGAACCGAGCGCUUCCGUGCGCCCGAAAUACUGUUCAAUCCAGAGCUCAUCGGGCAGGAGUAUGCUGGUGUUCACCAAGUUGUGUUCGACUCCAUCAAUCGCGUGGACCUGGAUCUGCGCAAGUCACUCUUCUCGAAUAUUGUUCUCAGUGGGGGCAGAUUCGGGGACCGCCUUCUCAAUGAAGUCAAGAAAGUCGCGCUGAAAGACAUCAAGAUCAGAAUUUACGCUCCCCCUGAGCAUGUGGGUCUCCGCAGAGGAGUAUCAGAAGACCCAGAUAUCAUCCACAAAAAGUCGGGGUUUUAGAGUUUCUUGGUCGAGCACGCACACUACGCAUAUUCACCACUAUUCUAUGAUACCCGCCUUACAUACUUCCUUGCAUGUACAUAUCA